ACUAAUAUUUCACAAUAUAUCUGUGGGGUUCCAACCCUUGGGUUCCCUGGCACUAAAUAUAUAUUCAUAAACCUGUCAUUCUGACAGAUGACUAUUUUCUUAUAGGUAGGGUUAUGAGUUUUAUGAGAUUACCCAUCCUCCCAAAAUCUUCACUCCUGAUUCUUUCCCACAAAAUAAUAACUGGGAGGAUAUGCUUUGGCUGACAGUUCUAGUACCCAAUCCACAGAGAUACCCAGCUUUAUAUUUGAUUUCCUUUUUGUUAUAAAUCUAGUUAUUGAGCUCAGCAUAGUUCUAUGUCUUGUCAAAAUAGCAAAGCAUUUUUCUAGGUUUAUUCUUAUACAAUCCCUACCAACUUAGAUUUGCAACGAAAAUAAGCAUUACAGGAUAUAAGGGUCAGUAGAGUUCCUGAACUUUGAAAAAAAGGAGCCUAUCUUCUAUAUUUAGCAUAAAAAUAACUUCAGGAAGCUGUUUGUAAAUGCUGCCCAAACUGUACCUACUAUUAACAGGGCAUGCUGUAUUUAGAAGGGGAGAAAUUAAGGCUGAAUAUGUAGUCAGGAGAAUCAUAAAAAUAAAUUGAAUGUGGUGGAAAUGAGUUACUUAAGAAAUACAUGUGACAAAGCAAGAAAAUAUAAGGUGAUAAAAGAAUGAGUGAUGAAGGGAGGAAAGAAGACUGAAUAGUGGGUUUACCAACAUUAAACGUGUGCUAAGGUUUGGCCACAUAUAAAAAAAUGAAUAGCAAAAAAACAAUAAUACAUGAACUAAAUUGGUUGAGAGAAAGUGGAAAACUGAGAAAAUCAUAGUAGGAGACAGUUGAGAAAUCCUGAAAGAAACAAAGAGUGUGAACAAUUGAAACAGGAAUGUUCUUAGCUCAUCAGUACUUCAAGUGUCUUGGCAUUAGAACAACUCUACUGAAGAUUAAUUACUCUUUGAGAGGCUUCAGAUUUUCAGCUUGCUCAGCCAUGAACUUCAAGCACAAAAAUGCUAAACGAAUUGAAGGGCUUGAUAACAAUGUGUGGGUGGAAUUUACAAAACUUGCUGCAGAUCCCACUAUUGUUAAUCUUGGACAAGGACUUCCAGAUAUAUCUCCUCCUAACUAUGUAAAAGAAGAAUUAGCAAAAGCAUCAUCGGUGGAUAGGCUCAACCAGUAUACCCGGGGUUUUGGUCAUCCACCUUUGGUGAAAGUCCUGUCUCAAGUGUAUGAAAAAGUUUGUAGAAAAGAAAUUGAUCCAUACACUGACAUUCUGGUGACAGUAGGGGCAUAUGGAUCCCUGUUUAGUGCAAUGCAGGCACUUAUUGAAGCAAAAGAUGAAGUAAUAAUAAUUGAACCCUUCUAUGACUGUUAUGAGCCCAUGGUGAGGAUGGCAGGAGCCACACCUGUUUUUAUACCUUUGAGAAAUAAAUCUGUGAAUGGAGAAGUUGCUUCUAGUGCUGACUGGAUCUUGAAUCCCACUGAGCUUGCAAAUAAAUUUAAUUCCAAGACUAAAGCUAUUAUACUAAAUAACCCUCAUAAUCCCAUAGGAAAGGUCUACACAAAAGAAGAGCUCCAGUUAAUUGCUGAUCUCUGCAUUAAGUAUGAUACACUGUGCAUCAGUGAUGAAGUGUAUGAAUGGCUAGUUUAUACUGGAAAUAAGCAUAUUAAAAUAGCUACUUUGCCUGGAAUGUGGGAGAGAACCAUAACAAUAGGAAGUGCUGGGAAAACAUACAGCGUAACUGGCUGGAAGCUCGGUUGGUCUAUCGGUCCCUCACAUCUGAUAAAGCACUUGCAGGUGGUUCAACAAAACACCAUUUAUACAUGCCCAACCCCGUUACAAGAGGCUGUGGCCCAAAGCUUUUUGCUAGAUUACAAACGCAUGGAUGAUCCGGAAUGCUAUUUCUACUCCUUGCCUAGAGAGCUGGAAAGUAAACGGAACCGAAUGGCUCAGAUGCUUCUGGAAAUUGGAUUAAAGCCUAUUAUUCCAGAGGGAGGAUAUUUUAUGAUUGUUGAUGUGUCCACACUAGGUAUAGAUCUAUCUGACAUGGAAAAAGAGAAACCCUAUGAUUAUAAACUUGUGAAAUGGAUGAUGAAAUCUAAGAAACUGUCAGCUAUUCCUCUGACUCCAUUUUGUGGCCCAAAAACCAAAAGUCAAUUCGAAAAAUAUAUACGCUUUUGCUUCAUCAAAAAAGACAGCACACUAGAUGCAGCAGAAAUGAUUCUGAAGAAUUGGAAGAAACAAUGACCUAGAAAUAAACAGCUUCCAUCAUCCAAAAGAAGAAGAAGAAAAAAAAAACAAACGAUUUUUUAAAAAAGAUUACAAUAUACUGCCAUCUGCUGGAUAUUUAGCAUUAAUAAUUAAUAACAUACCUACCGGUAGUAUUUCUGCCUCCUUUUUUGUCCUCAACAACAAUCCAGUGUGGUGGAUUGGGUUGAGAGAGGAUGACUGGCUCAAAGUCACCCAACUGGAUUUCCUGCCUAAGGAGGUACUAGAACUCACAGUCUCCUGACUUGUAGGUCAGCAUCUUCACCAUCACACCAAAUUGGCUGUCUAUGAAAAACAGCAUUAUUAUCUAGCUGGGUCAGUUUGGUUCCUAAUGCUUAGCUUUUUUCCCAUGACAGAGUGACUUCCCAGUUAGCCUUCAAGAGAAUAUGGAGAAGCAGAUUGCUCAGGAGUCCCAUCAAAAGCAUUUGCCAAUGCCAGCACAGAAUCACAUAGACUAAGUACAAUGUGGGGAACCGUAUGCCAGUUCCCAGAGAACAGAGCGAGGGGAGGUGUAAUCCCCAUUAUAGAAAGUUAUCGCUCAGUGUAUAGGUUCCCCCCUCCUUUUGCUUGAUUAUCCCAUCCUUUAUCUGCUGAGCAACUAGUUGCCUAAUUUAGAUAGCACAUCUGUCCUUGUGUAUUUGUACUUGGAAGUUAUUUCCCAUGUGCUCUUUCAAAAUGCAUGGGACUGCAUAUCUUCAGAACAAUCAUAUGCAUAUUUACACAGAAGUUAGUUGAAUGUAGCUUACUUUCAGAUGCAUUAACCUGUACCAUGUAACUGUAUGCAUUUCUUCUGCCACGCACCUCACUAAGAUCAGUUGUACAUGCUGAGCUAAUUUUGUCACAAAAUGGCCAAAAUAAAUAAAUAAAUAAAAUCACAAGGUCAACAAGAUAAAUCUUGCAUAAGUGUUCACACGUGUGUGAGAGCCAAUUUGGUCUAGUGCUUAAUGCACUGGGCUUAGAAAGCAGGAGACUGAAUUCAAGUCCCAUCUUAGGUAUGAAAGCCAGCUGGGUGACUUUGGCCAGUCAACUCUCUCACCUCAAUUGACCUCACAGGGCAGUUAUUGUGGGAAAAAUUUACAGAAUGGGAGCAGGUGGGUUUCUUUACCCAGAAUAGCCAUCCCAUUGUAUGGAUACAAUGGAUACAUAAAUGAGAGUAGCAAGGAGAAUGAGUAUUGACUUCAGUUUCACCCAUGGAAGGUGUAAUGGAAUAGCGUGUCAAAUAAAAUCUUGUCUAUGUAUGAUA